UUUUGUAAAAAUAAUAAUUAACACAAGGUCACAAAAAAAUACAAAAAAUGUCUGCGCUGACAUUAUCCAACACUUGAUAAUAAUAAAUGAAGAAAUUUAAGUCACGGGAAGUGCGCGCAGUAUUAUCGCGAUAAUAAUGGAUUUUGUCGAUCGACCGGUUUUAAUUCGAUAUAUUAAACACGGCCGGUUUAUCCUGAGUUCUGAUUGGCAGAAACUCAGCCAUGUCAGGUAAAGAGUCACGAAGAAAGUCAUUCUCACAAGAAUCCCGUUCCCGUCAGCAAUGCAAGUCGACACCAAAUCUUACUAUUAAAAUAAAAACAUCAUCGACCUCAUCUUCAUUGUCAGUAGGAAAUUGUAAUUUGGCAAUGAUGCCACCUAAUGAAGAUAUUUGUGAUAAUAAUAAUGAUGUACUACGACGAGGUAAUAGUUUACGAUUGCCAUUUUUAACUAACGAAGAAGAAUCAGGAAGUCCACUACGUCGUGGCGGUUCUCUAAAUUUGAAACGUCUAUCAGAGCAAGAUGUUGAUGGGAAUCGCCUCCGUUUACCCGGUAGUACAAUCCUCGGAUCAAUUAUAAAUAAUAAUGGGGUUAAUGAAGAAUCAUGUAGUAUACGGCCUGCCAGAUAUUCAGCACCUGCUUUGGUUGCACCUGCGCCGGAGCAGCUUGCUAUCAGUCUUCUCCAACUUGGAUGUCCUCUCGUUUCCAUGCCCAGACCUCGUGGUGGAGUUGGGUCAGAAAACACGAUACCGCAUAGCAGUGAUAGCGAUGAUUCUAUCAGCUCCCAUAAUAACCAUCGUAGUCAACGACAUCAUACGUCUGGAAAUACGUCUCCGGAGGGCUAUGGGCUUCCAAAAGUUCAAAUAUCUGGACCUGGGGAUAAUUGCGAAUCCUCAAGUAUCAAUGAGUCUGCUGGAUCUAUAGGCGCCCGUUCGGCACCGAGUACUCCUCUGCAACCGACUGUAGGACCUGGACCACAGUCUCCAACAGAAAAACAGCAUUCGAUAUGCGGAUCGCAAUUAACUGUCGGAUCAGUGACUACUCAUUUACCUCCCAAAAGCCCAAGUCACGUUAGCUUGCAAAAAUGUCACGACAGCCAACUAUCAAAACCUCUGAGCAGAAGUACACCGUCAAUGACUGCUGGCGGUGGUUCACAGACGCCAUCCACCAUCAGCAGAUCAUCUACAAGAUCAUCCCCCACAUCUACAAGUAGUGCGAGACAAAAAAAAUUUCAUCGUCACUUUACACAAUCUUCAAAAUUUCACGACCAGGUUGGACCAGAUGAACGAGUCAUAAACUACUACAGUUGCGCACUAGUCGGUGAUAUUUUAUUACAAGGACAUCUAUACAUUACAUCAAAUUACUUUGCUUUUCACAGUAACGUAUUUGGUUACGUUACGAAACUUCUGAUCCCCACUAGCUCGGUGCUCAAAAUAAGCAAGGAAAAGACUGCCCGUAUUAUUCCAAAUGCAAUAGCAAUUGUAACUGAAGAUGAGAGACAUGUUUUUUGCUCACUGUUAUCACGUGAUUCAACUUUUAAACUGAUGAAACAGGUUUGGGAUGCGGCACUGGAAGGUAGAGAGACAGUUGACGAUUUACCUUUGCCAGUUGAUGUUAAAUUAUUAACUCCGGACUCGUUGCUGGUUGAUGACUCCGAAGUUAAUGUCGAAGAAGAUGAUUCUAGUAUGUCCGAAAGUGGUACUGAUUUAACAUCAAGACCACCAACUGUCUGCACUGAUACCGAUGGUAUGACUCCUAUUAUUCCGCGGCCAAUUUUAACGUCGCCGAGAUUGGAACUGACGACAAUGCCCAAAAAUGUAACGACAGCGAAAGUAGGAAUAAUAAGAUCUUUGUUAAAGUAUCAGCUGAGAUCGCGCACCAUAAUAACAAUUUUAGUAGCACUUUUGGCAGCUCUCUAUGUCUCGGCAGCUUUCAUGAUGGUUAGAAUUGAUAGACUACAUACAGCAUACCUCAAUCAUCCACUUGCCUCACCUGAAAGAUUUACUCACGAUCGAUUAUUGAAUUAUCUCAACACAAAUCUCGAUCAAAUUGUUAAGGUACGACAAAGCUUGCAGACACUUUCUCAACAGUUUGUAACAUUAAAUCAAGACAGCGGUAGUCAUGAUACAGUGCAUGGAAGUGGAAAAAUCGAGCCUGAAGAUGCGCCAAGUUAGCCUCUUAAGUGGAGACUUAAUAUAAUUAUAAAUCAACCAAAUAAUAAGAGUUCUCUUUACCUCGUUAGCGUAUGAAACGCCCCGAAAAAAAUAUAAUAAAUGAAUACGUGAUACAUUCUGUUCGUGUCAUCAUAAGAAUGUUGACAAAAUGACGUGUUAAUUAAAUUCGUUUUUAAAUAAAUAAUCGAGUUUAAAUCAAAAUAAAAAAUAAUAAUAAAAUAAAGACUACACGUCGUUUUGUAAGCUUCCUUUUUUUAGCCGUCUGUUGUAUUUAGAAUAUAAUUCUAAUUUAUAGAUUUAAAGGCUAAAAUAUAAAUAAGUAAAUAAAUAAAAAAGGAAACGACAUAAAAUAUAAAAAAGAAACCUAGACAGCUAGACUUGUUAAGUCGCAAUUAGGUUGCUUGCAGUAACAAAAAAAAAUAAUACAAUGAGAGAUUUAAUUUUUCGAUUAAUUAAUUAACUGAUUUAUUGGUUUAUUAAUUAAUUGAAGUGUUUAUAAGAAAAGGGACACAAUAAUAUAAUAGAUAAAUAUUUAUAAUUAUUUUAAAAAUGACAUUUUGUUAAUUGGAGAGCUCAUUACUUUUUUUUUAUUUUUUUUUUCCAACUAGUCAAGUGUACCUACAGGAUAUGAAACUCAAUAAAAUAAUGUUCCUUAUUGGGUAAUAAGACUAUUAACAGUGAGAAUGAAAAAAAAUUUUAUAGUUAUUUACUUUAUAUAAUUAAUUUUAAAAAUAGUGCAUUUGAUUUUAUUAGUUUUUCAUGGCUUUAGUAAUUACUUUGUUGUAAAUAAUUUUAUCAAAGAUGUUCUAGCAUUUUAUUUUAUUUUUCUAACGAUAAAUUUAAAUGUACGGUAAAAGCCUGUACCCGCUCAGUAGCAUUAGUCGCUCACUUUAACUGUUUAAGGCGUUUUUUUAUAAUUUUUAUAAAAAAAAAUUACAACUAAAAAUAUUAUUAUUGAUAAAUAAUUAUUUGUGAAUCUAAAUAUAUUAAAAUAUGAUGUAUCAAAUUAUUUUAUAAUAGAUUAUAAAUUUAAAUUAAAUGAUGUUUUCAAAAUCGCGCAAAGCCGGGCAUUUUUUACUUUAACGUUCAUUCGUUAGAUUAAAUUUAGUUUACGUCAAAUUUUUUAAGAAUUGUUAUAACUAUAUCUUAUUAAAUACAUUUUCAAAAUUCAUGAAAUUUUAUAUUAUGAAAGAAUAAAGUAGUAUAAUUUAUACAUUAUUUGUCCAAAUCAAUAAACUUAUCAUAGUUUAAUUGAUAUUGUCUUUGAGCGACUAUAGGGCCAUGUGUUGGUCGAGUAAUGGUACAUCACAACUUUUAGUGAGCGACUAUGGGUCCACUUAAGGAUCUUAUUUAAAAAAUUAAUAAUAAUUAAUUAUCAAGAUUAUUCUUCAAACUUAAAUUUUAUUCUAAUACUCGAAACUUCAAAAAAUAACUAUAAAAAAAAAUGGUUUUUCAUUUUAUUUAUUAAUUUAUAUUGAGAGAUUUAAUCUCACUCCAAUGAAAAGUGAGCGGGUAUAGGGGCUUUUACCUUAUUCAAAUUGUUUACUAAUAAAUUAUUUUGAAACUUUUAAUCCUCAACGCUCUUGUGAUAAUUUUUUAAAUUUUUAUUAAAAAAAAAAAUGAAAAAAAAAUUUUAGUUUUCAAUUAUGCUAGAACAUUUUCGAAUUAAUUUACUCAAUUGUUAGGUUGUUAUUAUAAAUAUUAUUAUUUAUUAUUAUUUUAUGUAAAGUGAAGUGACGUUAAUUAGAUUUAUUUUAAAUGCCAUAAAAUAGGAAAAUAAAUAAAGUUAUUAAAUGGGGCAAGUUUUAGUAAUAAAUAAUAAUACACAUUUUAAUGUAUAUGUCGCGUCAGUAAUUCCAAAAAGAUAUACUUUUAUACGCCCUUUUGGAUUUUUGAACUUUUUUAGAAUGAGGGUAAAUGUAGUAAAAAUAUAUUUUGAAAACAUUCUUUUUUAACUCAAAAUUCGCUUGUAUAAAAUCCUUGAUAACUCUUUUUUUUUUAUUAUCAAAAUUACAAAAUCUCCACUCAAAGUUCUAAUCUAUCUCAAGUAUAGAAGUUUCACAUGUCAAAUUUUUUUCGAACCUUCUUAGCCGAGCCUACAUAUAAAAUCCUAAAUUUUUUUUUUACUUUUUUUUUACUCUCAAAAUUACAAACGUUCUAAUUUAUCUGAAAAGUAUGAUACUGAAGUUAGCCGACGUCUGAUGAUUUUUUUAUGACAAUAAAGUUAGCAGACAUUUACAAAUUUUUUGAUUUUUUUUAACAAAAAAACGAACAUUAAAAAAAAUAUUUUGAAAAAUUGCACGUAUAGUUUAUGAAGUUUCGGACGUGUGCAUUUUUUUGGAAAUAUUUUUUUUUCAUUAUUUAUUUGGUAAAAAAAAUUUUUUUAAUUUUAAAUGUCUACUAACUUUACUAUCAUGAUUUUUUUUCAAAACGAAAAAUUAUCAAAAAAAAAUAUUAUAAACAAUUGCACUUUUAUAAUUAAUUUGCUAAAAAAAAAUCAAAAAAUUAUUAAUUUCACGAUCUUUGAAUAUUGAUACCGAAGUUAGCCAUGAUCCUGAAGUUAACAGACAAUCAGCAAUUUUCGGAUUUUUAUUAUCAACAUUCGAUUGCAAAAAAAAAAAAAACGCACAUGUAGAAAAUUCAAAAAACUAUAAGUGCAAUUUUUUUGAAUGUUUUUUUUUAAUGAUUUAUUGAUUUAAAAAAAAAUCUUAAAAUUAUCAGACGUCGGCCAACUUCAGUAUCAUAGUUAGCUGACGUUUAAUAAUUUUGUGAUCUUUUUUAAAACGUUAAAUAAUAAAAAAAAAAAUAUUUACAAAAAUUGCACCUGUAGUUUUUUAAAUUUUCUACAUGUGCAUAUUUUUUUUUUUUUUUUUUUUGUAAUUCAUUUGGUGAAAAACGAAAUUCGAAGUUUUUUUGAACUUUUUUCACACGAGCUUCAGUCACUAAAUUUAGAUCCAAGCGUAUAAAAAUAUGUCUCGGAAUUCCUGACGCGAUAUACCCGAGGUAAAUUAUCCUCGGCAUAAAUGUGUAUCUUUUCUUCGUUUUUUUAAUGCAGAGAAAAACUAAAUAACAAAGUUGGAUAAUAAUUUCCGGCACAAAAAAAAUUACAAGUAUGAAUCAUAAAACGAAUUAGAAAUAAAACAACUGAUUGUAAACCCAUUGGAUUUAUAUAAAAAUACUGUAAAAAUAUUAUUGUGUCGGAUAAUAAUAAAGACUGCGAGGAUUUUGAUUGAUUAUCGCAGAGCACGUGGGGUAACUCCUUCCAUGCCGAUGUGGAGAAUAAAUUCUCUGUAUAAAUAUGAUAAUAAUUAUAAAUAAUGAAUAAUGGGAAAGAUGUUUUGACUGUGAUAAAUAAUAUGGUUGAGAAUAAAAGGAAAAACAAACGUUAAAUAAAACACUUAUUGUGAGUUGGUUUAAUCCUUCUGCAAAACGAAUGAAAGAAAACGAUAUAGAGAUAUUUAAAAAAUAAUAAUAAUGUUAGUGAGGGAUUAUUACAUGAAAAGUGCUGUUAUAUUGAUUAGUUAUAAUAAGUAUAUAUAUCAUUGUAAUUAUACGUAGAUUUACAGUGGAAAGUGUAAUUAAUUAAUGUAUAUCUUAUGCAUGAUUUACAUAUUUUUAUUAUUGUUAAAAUUUUUUAAUCAUUGCAUGACCAUCGUAGUGUUUUUAUUUAAUUAUUAGUAUCAUUUAUUCAACAUAUUAUUAAAAAAUAAAAUAAUAAUUAUUAUUAUAAAAAUAAUAAAUAAAAAAAUUAUCUAUUUUCUCAUAUUUAUCUUGUGCUGGCUUUGUACGAAAUCGUGUGAGAUCGUACUUUUGCUAAGAUUAAAUUUUAAUUAGGAUUAUUUUAUAUAUUAAUGAUAUUUUAUUGCGAUAACGAAUUACUUUUAAUUCAAAUAAAUUAAGGUGGCACUGAGAAAAAUCGGGAGUGAAUUCAGAGUGAUAGUGAAUUUUAUUUUAAUUCACGGAGUAAAUGGGAGUUUCAUUUUCUGGCGGUUUUAUUUAAAUGCGCAUUCACGUCGAUUCGGAGUUUUAACAUUAAAAUAAAUUCCCCUUGGGAGUUAAUUUUACUUCGAAGGGAUAAUUCUGAUUAAAAAUUCCGAUUAAUAAAUUGAAUCUGAUUAAAACUCAAUUGGAAAAAAAUAUUCAAUUAAAUUUACUAGGGAAAGUUUCAAGCAUUCGAUUGAAUUUCUAAUGGAUUGAAUCGGAAAAUGAUAAAUUUAUUUUUCCAUUGAAUUCAACAGAAAUAAUAUCAUUUUUUUUUUCAAUUUUCCGUUUAAAUCCGAUUGAAAUUUUCUAAUUAGAUUCAAUUGGAAAAAUAAUAAUUUUCUUUCCCGAUUAAUGUUCUAAUUUCUGAUUAACUUUCAAUCAGAUUCACUCGAACUUUCCAAUGAAAUCUGAUUAAAACUGAUUGGAAAUCAAUUGGAAAUUUCCAAUGAAAUCCAAUUAGAAUCUUCUUAUUAGUUCCAAUUGGAAAAAUAAUAAUUUUCUUUCCCGAUUAACUUUCUAAUUUCUGAUUGACUUUCAAUCGCAUUUACUCGGAAUUUUCCAAUGAAAUCCAAUUAAAACUUAUGAAAAAUCAAUCGAAAAUUUCCCAUUAAAUCCGAUUAUAAUUUUGUUAUUAUAUCAGAGUUUUCAAUAAGGGUAAAUAAUUACAGUCAUCGGCUCCGCAUUCACUCAGAAUUUAAUCCGCGAUCACUCCCAAAUUUUUUCAGUGUAUUAUUAAACUGUAUCACUAAAAAAAAUAAGACGUCGAUUUUUUUUUUAAAUUUAAAUUGAGGAAUUUAAUAUUUUAAUUAAAUAAAAAAUAAUUUUUGUCUUUUCAAUGUUGAAAUUUUGAAAUCUAAUUAAAAAUAAAUAAGACUUUGAAAAAUAUUUUAAAGAAAAUAAAUUUUUAAAAAAAUAUUUUUGUGCCAAAAUUAAGUUGGUGAUAAAAUAAAAAAAUCGCACAUGCGAUUUUAAAUUUCGACAAAAGUAUUAAUGAUAACAAAAAGUAAUUCGCUAUCGUGAUAAACAAUUAAAUUAUAUUUUAUAUUCAAAAUUAGUAUUAAUUAAAUUAAUUUAAAUAUAAGUCCGACUACUUGCCUUAAUAAAAAAAAUAAUUUAGUCUUUAAGGAGAGUGCUCAAUACUCGGUCCAUAUUUAUUAGAAUAACAAUCUAAUUCAAUUUAAAAAUAUUAUUAUUAUUAUUUUAAUUGCAUUUACUACGAUCCCAAUAAAUAAAUUUAGUAAUUAAUGCAGUCAAUUGUAAAAGUUAUUGCUCAUUUGUAGAGAAAAUAAAUUAUUUUAACCGUCCCUAUAGUAAAUUAUACAUAAAUAGAUAAACAAAGUUUAUAUUUCUUCAUCAAUUAAGGCAACUAUAAGGACUAUUAGAAUAUUGAUUGAACAAUAAAAAAACAAAAGUAAAUUACUUGAAAUAAUUUAAUUAAAUACAACUGUUAAUUAUGUCGUUAAUAAAACUCAAUGGUGUUGUGUUUUAAUAGCUGUAACUUUAUUCUUUAGACACUGGGAAGAAAGCGAUUAAAUAAAAGUUUGAAAUUCAAAAUAAAACGAUUUAAAAAAAUUAAAAAUGAGAGAGUUAUCACAGACAGACCAAUAACGUAUAAUAUGUAUCGGCGAUAUACAUAAAUCAUACAAUAAAGUGUACGACAAGUCCAAA